AUGGUUAGUUUUAGUGAACAAGGAUUUAGGCAAAAAUAUGAAGCAAUAAUUGAAGAUAUGGAAACAAAUGCUUGUAUCGGUGGACAAACAAGUGAUUCGUUAGCAUUUCAAGAAUAUUCAGCUGUAAUGCAAGAUGAAACAAAACAACAUUGUCGCCGUUCGAUUAUACGUGAAUUUUGUUUGAAUACAUCUACUCAUGCUCUACCUGGUAUUGCUCGAAGUGAAACAAUUGUAGCUUAUUUGAAAUAUCCAACACAAAUCGAUGUAAGCUAUGUCAGUGAAUGGCCACAGUAUUUUCCAGCAUUUAGUCUUUGCAAUGCUUCACCACUUCGUUUUGAUAAAUUCAAGGAGCCAUUUUUCAACUAUAUUAAAACACGAAAUUUAACUGAUUCGAACGAUACAACAACAUUGUCACCAUUUCAAGCACACUAUAUUAGAGAUUUUCUAAUAGAUAAAAUUAAUAGAAAUGAAUCAUUGAAACCAUUGUUCUAUCCACUUUCUUGUAUACUUUCUACAUGUUCGUUCAAUGUUGUACGGUGUUUAGAAACAGAUUUUCUUCCAUUUAUAUCAUCAACUUGUGGUUUAUGCUAUACAUUCAAUGCAAAAUUGAAAUAUAGCCAUAAUGAUAGUAUACGUUAUGGAAACAAAAAUGGUGGUGAUGGUAAUCUCAAACUAGGUCUUUAUGUACACAAUCAUCAAUAUGUGCCUUAUGGAUUUGUUGAAAAUUCAACGAUUCCAUUACCUAACAAUUGGACAACUACAUGGCGUGAACAUAUUCAGGAGAAUUAUCUUGCUGUUAAUGUUGUACGCGAGACAAAUAUAGUUGAAAAUAAUACACAAACAGCAAUAUUCGGUGUGGUAGAUAUCCUUUCAAAUAUCGGAGGUCAAACUAGUUUAUGGAUCGGUAUUAGUUUUCGUUCAAUAAUGGAAGUAUUCGAAAUGCUUUAUCGACUGAUUUGUUAUCAAUACUUUUUAAUUGUACGUGCAGUACGAAAGAAAAAACAAAUAAUAAUACAAUAA